AUGGCGGCUUCUUCGUAUCUGUUGCGUGUGUUGUCAGAGCCGGUGGAAGUCGACCGCGAGAGUUGGGAGAAGUGGUACUGUUCAGAAAACUUACCCGACUUGGUCAACGCAAAGGCGGUCACAAGGGCAGGUUUGUACGAGGCCUUCGACGACUAUCCGCUUGCUACAAAAACACCAAAGGCGGUCGACCAGACGACUCUCCAUAGCGUAAAAGUUACGCAUACCGACAUCGAGCCGCCGACAGAAAAAACAUUCCUUGCCAUGUGCCAGGUCGAGGAUCCCACAUUAGCGAGAAGCCAACACUUACAGAACAUCGGCCAAGCUGGAGAGAUGCUUUCAGGGAAAUCCCCGAAGUCUUGUGGCGUGUGGGAUUCAAGGGUAUACAAGCUUAUUCAGGACUUCGACCCAAAGGGGCUUGGGCACACGCCGGCGCCUUUCAUUCUUAAUGUCCAAAUGGAGCCUCCGGACGAUGACGACUACAACACUUUUUACCGGGAUGAACACUUGUAUAUGCUUUCAAGAGUUCCGGGAUAUCGUCGGUCGCAGCGCUACCAGCUGGAAUCUUCGAACGACGUUGACCUGUCAGCUGUUCCCAGAUUCAUGGCAGUCCAUGAAUUCGAGACGCUAGACGAAUUGGACGGCCCCGAGCUCAGAGAAGCGGAUGCGAGCCCAAAUACUCAUCGGAUUAUUGGAAAUGCGAAAGCAGUGAGUGUCCGGGGGUUCAAACUUGUGAAGACAUUUGGAGACAUAAAGGAGUAG